AUUUGGAUAAAGAAAUGCCAACUAAAUACAAGUACUCUGUUCCAGAUCCAGGGCAACUGCCCAGGACAGGAGAGACAGUUAGGUACAAGAGCGGGUUGCUGGAGGAAGACCAAGACCCUGUUUUAUACCCAGAGACAGGCCACGAUACUAUUAAGAAAAUCCUUAUGCAUGCUUACAAGGAGUACGCUGAUGAACCCUAUCUUGGAUCAAGGGAAAAAUCAUUCGACGAAAAAGGUGAAGUCGAGUAUGGGAAAUACAAAUGGGAAACUUACGAGGAGUGUAUCAAUAAAGCAAUCUGGCUUGCAAGAUCUAUCUAUGACAAGGAACUUUUCAACACCGCAUCUGAAGAAGGGCGGAAGUAUAAUCUUAUUGGUAUCUACUCAAAAUAAUAAUGAGGGAUGGGCGAUUACUGACCUAGCAUGCUGUCUUUCAAAUAUGGCUACAGUUACGUUAUACGAUACCCUGGGAGCAGACUCUUCAGAGUAUAUCAUUCAGCAAACUGAAUUGAAGACAGUUGUUUGUACAGCAGACCAUGUGGAUGCCUUGAUCAAAAUUAAAACUGUCAAAGGAGUUGAUCAUCUUCAGAACAUCGUAAUCAUCGGAGAGAUUGAACAUGAUGACGUCGCAACUAUUGAGAGAGCAGGGAUGAAUUACUACACAAUUGACGCUCUUAUUGAAGAAGGAAAGCACUCAAAGACUGAACUUGAUGAUCCUCAUAACCAGGAUCUUUUUACUAUUUGCUAUACAAGUGGUACAACUGGGAAUCCAAAGGGAGUAAAGCUUCACCAUGGAUGUAUUACAUCUCUUGUUGGGGCCAUCGACUUAAGCCCAAUUAAGAUAUCCUCUAAUGAUUCUCACUUGUCCUACCUCCCACUUGCUCAUAUCUUCGAAAGAGCAAUUUUCUUCGGUCUUUCAACUGUGGGAGCCAGGAUUGGAUUUUACCAAGGAGAUGUUCUUAAAAUAGUAGAGGACUUAGGUGCCCUAAGACCUACUGUUUUCAUUUCUGUUCCUAGACUCUACACCAAACUAUAUGACCGCAUCCAGGGAGUUAUAAAGGAAGCUAAAGGCUGCAAGGCUAAACUCCUCAAAUGGGGGAUUGACAAGAAGUUAGCCAAUUACAGAAGAAACGGGGCAGUCACACAUUGUAUGUAUGAUGCCCUAAUUUUCAAGAAAAUGAAGGCAAGGCUUGGCGGAAGAGUUAGAGUUUGCGUCACUGGGUCAGCCCCUAUUUCAAAAGAAAUUUUAGAAUUUUUAAAAAUCUGAUUUUGCUGAGAUAUUCUAGAAGGUUAUGGCCAGACAGAGCUGACUGCUGCGAACUGUAUCACUCAGCCUGGAGAUGAGAAAUCAGGCCAUGUUGGAGGCGUUUUCCCCUCUUUUUGGAUGAAGCUAGUGGACGUUCCUGAAAUGGACUAUCUCUCCACUGAUAUGAGAAAUGGUGAGAACUACCCUAGAGGAGAAAUCUGCUUCAAAGGCGGUGGAGCAUUCCACGGAUAUUUCAAAGAGCCAGCUAAGACUGAAGAGACUAUUGAUAAGGAUGGAUGGGUCCACACUGGAGAUAUUGGUGAAAUUCAGCCAGAUGGGGCUCUCAGAAUUAUCGAUAGAAAGAAAAAUAUUUUUAAACUAUCCCAAGGGGAAUACAUUGCUGCUGAAAAGUUAGAGCUAAUCUUUGUGAAAACUCCAUUGAUUGCUCAAAUUUUUGUCUACGGUGACUCUCUUCAGUCAUUCUUAGUUGCCAUAAUCGUGCCAGAUAAUGAGUACGUUGAUAAGAACUACUCUCCUGGCUAUAGCUCCUCUUCGGAAUACCUACAAGAAAUCAAUGACUGGUUCAAAGAAUGUAGAGAGGAGCACAAGCUGAAUGGGUUAGAAAUUCCUAAGAGGCUCCACGUUACUAAUGAAGAAUUCAACAUUGAUGACGGAACAUUAACCCCAACAUUUAAGCUGGUCAGAGGUGUGGCUAAGAAGAAAUUCUUGAGCCAGAUCAAAGAAAUGUACGGAGGAGCUAAGUUACAAGGCGAAUAA